AUGGCGAAUCCCAAAAACCCAACCGCCGUCGCGGUGAACCACCACCCCUACGAACGAGACACCGACGCCUCUACCGAGAUCGAAGAAAGUCAAGAACGCGGAAAAUCAUGGAAGAGCUAUGUCUGGGAUACGUGGGAGCUUCCCAAGGAGCAGCGGUGGCUUCUUUUCAAAGUCGACGCCUUCGUCUUGACAUUUGCUUCAAUUGGCUACUUCCUCAAGAACAUUGAUCAGACAAACGUCAACAAUGCUUUCCUCAGUGGUAUGAAGGAGGAGCUUGGCAUGUAUGGCAAUGAGUUGGUUACAAGCACUUCCAUCUGGACUGUUGGGUAUGUCAUUGGACAGAUCCCUUCUAACCUACUCCUCACUCGAAUUUCCCCUCGCUGGGUCAUCCCUUCUCUUGAGGUCGGUUGGGGCAUUGCUACAAUUUGCACCUCUUCUGUCAAGUCUUACAAAGCUCUCUACGCUCUGCGGUUCCUCGUUGGUCUUUUCGAGUCUGGCUUCUAUCCCGGCAUCCAUUACAUGCUUGGUUCUUGGUACACCCCUCGUGAAAUUGGCAAGCGUGCCAUGAUUUUCUGGCUGGCUGGUAGUGUUGGAAAUAUGUUCAGUGGUUUUCUACAGGCUGCGGCUUACACAAACCUCAAUGGUGUUCACGGCCAUGCAGGAUGGCGCUGGCUCUUCAUCAUUGACGGAAUCAUCACCCUCCCUCUCGCUGUGAUGGGCUACGUAUUCUUCCCCAAUCUACCCCAAGAUGGAAUCAGGACUUGGUGGACUACAGAACGCGAGCAUGAGAUCUCCAUUGAACGAAUGAGAGCUAUCGGACGAGCUGGCAAGGAGAAAUGGUCAAUGGCCAAGUUCAAGUCUAUCUUGACCAGUUGGCACACUUACUUCCUUCCUAUGAUCUACGUUCUUUGGAAUAACGCCUACCCUCAACAAGCAAUGGGAUACUGGCUCAAGAGCUUCAACGCAGAUCCUCCUCCAGUCCCCGGCACCUCAUACUCGGUCUCCCAGAUCAAUAAUCUGCCUCUACCGUCGACUGCCAUUUUCAUCGUUAUGGCUUUGUUCUGGGGCUGGCUCUCUGAUGGGCCUUUGAAAGGUCUACGCUGGCCUUUUAUCUACGCCGGUGCCAUCAUUGCUAUGGCUUUCGACAUCGCCCUUCUCAAGAUGCCGCUCUAUGGCAACAAUAGAGACCGAACUAUAGUUUACUGGUUCGCCAAUAUUGGUAACGGCGCCGGUCCCCUGAUUCUAAGUUGGAUCAACGAAAUCUGCUCUGCGGAUACGGAAAAGCGAGCUCUGCUGGUCGGAGCCGCCAAUGACCUGGCCUAUGUCGUGCAAGCUGUGGCACCUAAUUUCGUUUGGAAAACGACCGAUUUCCCUCGUGCAGAAAAGGGUUAUACUUGGUCCAUCAUUCUCAAUGCCUUGUUGAUUGUUUGGACUCUCAUAGUGCAGUUACUCCUCUCAUUUGACAGGAAAAAAGAAGCAAAGGCUCGUGCACAUCUCUUGGACGAUUCGGAAGCCAACACACAUGACGGGGAGACGACGGAUGAUGCACCAUCUGCGAGUGGUCCGAGGAAGGACAUCGAUCUGCCGUGA